AUGUCCUGCCUCCCAUGUCCCGUCUCCCAUGUCCUGCCUCCCAUGUCCCGUCUCCCAUGUCCCGUCUCCCAUGUCCUGCCUCCCAUGUCCCGUCUCCCAUGUCCUGCCUCCCAUGUCCCGUCUCCCAUGUCCCGUCUCCCAUGUCCCGUCUCCCAUGUCCUGCCUCCCAUGUCCCGUCUCCCAUGUCCCGUCUCCCAUGUCCUGCCGCCCAUGUCCCGUCUCCCAUGUCCUGCCUCCCAUGUCCCGUCUCCCAUGUCCCGUCUCCCAUGUCCCGUCUCCCAUGUCCCGUCUCCCAUGUCCCGUCUCCCAUGUCCUGUCUCCCAUGUCCUGUCUCCCAUGUCCCGUCUCCCAUGCCCCGUCUCCCAUGUCCCGUCUCCCAUGCCCUGCGUCCCAUGUCCUGCCUCCCAUGUCCUGUCUUCCAUGUCCUGCGUCCCAUGUCCUGCCUCCCAUGUCCCCGUCUCCCAUGUCCCGUCUCCCAUGCCCCGUCUCCCAUGUCCCGUCUCCCAUGUCCCGUCUCCCAUGUCCUGUCUCCCAUGUCCCGUCUCCCAUGCCCCGUCUCCCAUGUCCCGUCUCCCAUGUCCCGUCUCCCAUGUCCCGUCUCCCAUGUCCUGCCUCCCAUGUCCCGUCUCCCAUGUCCCGUCUCCCAUGUCCCGUCUCCCAUGUCCCGUCUCCCAUGUCCCGUCUCCCAUGUCCCCCUCUCCCAUGUCCCGUCUCCCAUGUCCCGUCUCCCAUGUCCCGUCUCCCAUGUCCCGUCUCCCAUGCCCCGUCUCCCAUGCCCCGUCUCCCAUGUCCCGUCUCCCAUGUCCCGUCUCCCAUGUCCCGUCUCCCAUGUCCCGUCUCCCAUGUCCCGUCUCCCAUGUCCCGUCUCCCAUGUCCCGUCUCCCAUGUCCCGUCUCCCAUGUCCCGUCUCCCAUGCCCCGUCUCCCAUGUCCCGUCUCCCAUGUCCCGUCUCCCAUGUCCUGUCUCCCAUGUCCCGUCUCCCAUGUCCCGUCUCCCAUGUCCCGUCUCCCAUGUCCCGUCUCCCAUGUCCCGUCUCCCAUGUCCCGUCUCCCAUGCCCUGUCUUCCAUGUCCUGCCUCCCAUGUCCUGCCUCCCAUGCCCUGUCUUCCAUGUCCUGCCUCCCAUGUCCUGCCUCCCAUGUCCCGUCUCCCAUGUCCCGUCUCCCAUGUCCCGUCUCCCAUGUCCCGUCUCCCAUGUCCCGUCUCCCAUGUCCUGUCUUCCAUGUCCUGCCUCCCAUGUCCUGUCUCCCAUGUCCUGCCUCCCAUGUCCUGCCUCCCAUGCCCUGUCUUCCAUGUCCUGCCUCCCAUGUCCCGUCUCCCAUGUCCCGUCUCCCAUGUCCUGUCUCCCAUGUCCCGUCUCCCAUGUCCUGUCUUCCAUGUCCUGCCUCCCAUGUCCUGUCUCCCAUGUCCUGCCUCCCAUGUCCUGCCUCCCAUGCCCUGUCUUCCAUGUCCUGCCUCCCAUGUCCUGCCUCCCAUGUCCUGUCUCCCAUGUCCCGUCUCCCAUGUCCCGUCUCCCAUGUCCCGUCUCCCAUGCCCCGUCUCCCAUGUCCCGUCUCCCAUGUCCCGUCUCCCAUGCCCCGUCUCCCAUGUCCCGUCUCCCAUGCCCUGUCUUCCGUCUCCACGGCGACAGCGAGUGUCUGUUUUCCAUGAUUUGA